UCUGACAAUGAAAAAGAAUUGAAGAAUGUUAAGUAGAGAAGUUGGCAGUUAAUCAUACUUGAACAAGUGUCAGAGCAAUCAAGUGCUGUGUGCUGUGUAAUUUAACAGUCAAACUAUUUUAAAACAAAAAUGGCAACUAAAUGGGGUAUUGCAGGAGCUGGUUUAAUUUCUCACGAUUUUGUCACUGCACUAAGAACUUUACCAAAUUCAGAACAUUGUGUUGUUGGAGUUGCAGCACGAGAUUUAUCAAGAGCAAAAAAAUUUGCAGAGCUUCACAAAAUAGAAAAUGCUUAUGGAAGUUACAAGGAAUUGUCACAAAAUAAAAAUAUUGAUGUCGUUUACAUUGGUACAUUAAAUCCAACUCAUCUGGAAAUUGGAAAGAUGAUGUUGAAUGCAGGAAAGCACAUUUUGUGCGAAAAGCCCUUAACUUUAAAUUUAAAGCAAACGUCAGAAUUAAUCAGUCUCGCAAAAAGUAAAGGACUUUUCUUAAUGGAAGCCGUUUGGAGCCGUUGUUUCCCAACUUACACCGAAGUUAAGAAGGAAUUGGAUUCUGGUUGUAUUGGAGAAGUUAAACAAGUAAUUUGUUCCUUCGGUUUUGGUCUCGCUGACAUAGAGAGGCUUAACGCUAAAGCAUUGGGUGGUGGAACAAUUCUCGAUUUAGGGGUUUAUGUCCUUCAAUUAGUGAUUUUUGUAUUUGGUUGCGAAAAACCGGAAAUUGUUAAAGCACUCGGUCAUUUGAACAAGGAUGGUGUCGAUGUUUCAAUGUCGGCAACACUCAAAUUUCAAGGAAAUCGAACAGCGACUAUUUUAACUAAUUCGGAAGUACAGUUGCCUAAUGAGGCAAUUAUUAUUGGCACUAAGGGGAUAAUUAAAAUUCCAGAAUUUUGGUGUCCAACCAAAGCCGAACUUCCUCAACGUGUCAUUGAAAUCACUUUGCCAAAAGGUGCUCAUAAAUUCAAUUUUCACAAUAGUGCUGGCCUUAGUUUUGAAGCUACUGAAGUUCGUAAUUGUCUUCUAAAAGGAUUAAAGGAAAGUCCUCGAGUCUCUCAUGCAGACUCUUUGUUGCUUGCUGAAUUGGAAGAUGAAUUGCGAAAACAGCUUGGUGUCGUGUAUGAGGAAGAUUAAAAAAAAAAAAUUCUUUUUUUAGUUUGUUGCGUUCUAAAACGUUUUUAAGAUUCAAAAAUGGAAAUUUAUAUGUGACAACAUACAGAUAAUUAUAAUAUAUAAUAAUAUAAUAAUAAUAUAGAAAUAUAAAUGAUCACAAUGUACCAGACUCCCUAAAAAAUUUUUUUUUUCUAUUUUGGCCUUUUCUAUGUUUAAAAACCGAUUUAGAAAAUUUUUUUUGAGGAGAUCCGGUACAUUUUGAUCACCUUAUAAAUUUAUAGAUAAGUAUAUAUAUAACUUAAAGUAGAACAUUACUUUUUUUUCUCUCUCUCUUUUAUUUUGCACAAAUUGCACGAAAGGCAAAGGGUUACGAACUUAUGUGUGAGGUCGUCAGUUCACGUUUCUUGGCACUUAUCGCUAUACUUACAAAAAUACAAUGCGAUUGCUGAUUACCGUUCCAUUUUCUUGUGAGUUCGUUUUGUAGAGCGAAGAAAGAAACCGAAUGCGAAAAAGAAAAAUAAAAAUUAACAAUUGCAAAAAUCA